CGCUAAUCAACUCGACGAAGAGCAAGCAGACGACAAAUUAUUAUCCUUAGCGGUGGGAUUCGCGGGGGAAAAAAUGAUACCCUUAGCGUAGCGAGCAUCGAAACUAUUCUGAAGCACCAAAGCCGGCGAGAAAUUGUGAAUCCUGGACUGGAUGAAGAACUCAACGUGACAACACUCCCAGUCUCUGAUCAACAUUCAACAAAGCUUUGAUUGAGUGAGAUUUGCAGCUUGAUGAUGCCAUCAAUCACGUCAUCAUUUGUACUGUUGCGACCUUUCGGCUUCCUUGUAUAAAUCCAUUCAAUCAGUAGGAAAAUUUCUGGUCUGUCUGCUUUACUUUUCUUCAAUUCCUUGGUCGUCACCAAAUACUACUACCUGCUCCAUUCAAUCCUCUGCCUGUGCUGUGCACUGACGACUGUUUGCAGUAAAUUUCAAGAGAAAGAGUCACCACUCACCAUGGCCCUCCUGCCCUUUGACUUUCUAUGUUCAAACCAAGCAUGUCCACAAAUCUCUCACAUGGGUCUCAUAAAUGUGAAGCCUUGAAUCAACUCAUCUUCUUCGGCUACGGUUGACCAUUAACCCUCCAAAGACAGACAGGAAAAAAAAAGCAGAGCUUUCAUCAAAUCUCAGAUGGUGGGUUGCAGUGCUGACGGGAAGCUGAAUGAGGAGAUGUACACUCGUCCCCUCCCGUGGAUCGGGCUCUACGUAGCAGCAGCAUCGCUCGCAUGCGCAAUCGCCAUGGCAGCCGACCUCAUCCACGGCAUCCGCAACAGGAGGUUCUGGUUCCCCACCAAGUUCUUCUCCAUCAACGCCACUUCUCUCACAAUCAUCACAGUAGCGGUCAAAUUCUCCGUCGACCUCAACACUCCCAUGCCCAGCCGAGUCGACCAGCUCACCAAGCUCAGCAGCGGAGUCCUGCUCUGCGUGGUCAUCGCAAACUCCAUGCCGUCCCUCGGCACGGUCACCAACAAAGAAAUCAUGAUGAACAUCAUCGCCUUCGCGAUCUUGGUCGUCACGGUCUUCGUCAACAUCGCCAUCCAGUUGAUCACGGGAGUGAUCUACAUCUGCUGGAGGGAGCACGUUGCCGUGAUGGGUUUGAUGCUUCUUAUGCUCAUCAUACUAGGCUUCUCCGCUCUCGCCGUGCCUACGACCAAGACAGAGUUGGAGUUCAAGUACAAGAAAAGAUGCGACAUGGCUAUGCAAGAAGGGUCCAAAGAUAUGAACAGAAGAACGCCAGAGGAACUCAAAGAGGACCUGAUGAAGUUCUGGAUCAUGGCGCAUACCAGUAGCCCCCAGUUUGUGAUGGGCCGUUCAGUGACGUGUACGGCGUCCGGCGCGCUGUGUCUUCUCGGCGCCGCAGUUCUGGGAGAGGCGAUGUUGAGGUCGUUUUUCACACCCUGGUCGUUUGAGUUCUGUGCAGGGGAGUCUGACUACAAAUGGUCGACGACUUUAGUUCUCAUAUCGCAGACGGUGGCAGUGGGAGUUGGUACGGUUGCUCCGGCUGUGAGAUGGUUCACUGCGGUGUCCUUCAGGUGCCCGAGAAAUGGGAAGAAGAAGAGCAACAAUGGAGGAGGAGGGUAUUUCAGAGUGGAGAAGUACUGGAUUCAGUUGUUGGUGGAAUUCAAAGAGUGUCCGUUUAUACAGAUUGAAAGCAAGCAGCUUAGGAAGGUUGCUCAUGAUGCCAAGCGCAGAUUCUUCGAUACGUGCAUUGGGGCUCAAAUCGGGAUAGUAAUGGUGUGCAAGUUGAUUCAGUUCAUCUCCAUCUUCUGCGCGGGAAGGAUUGUCUAUGUCUGUGAUUCCUGCAGCAAGUUGAAGAGUUUGUUACCAAGAAAUAGCAUUUCGGUUGAACCAGGAAUCGAGAGGAGAACAAAGGAUGAAAACAAAAUUGAUUUGAGCCGGUUCGUUCUGCAUCUAGAGGGCGAGGACGAGCUAGUGGAAAUGACAAUGAGGAAGAAUUGUACUGCUACGGCUCACUGGUUGCAAAAGGGGAGAAAGAGAAAGCCGAAACAUCUUACUAAUCUGUUGAGGAGAGCAAGCUUCGCAGAAGGAUUUAAAGGUGUGAGGGAAUUCGACUGCGAACAAGUUUGCAGCUUGGAAUGUAAUGAGCCUCCCCAUUGUUGGUCUCUCCCUAUAGUGACUCUUACAGCAAUUGCAGUUGCGCUUCCGAAUGUGGACACUCAUUCGGCUAACCAGUUGAUACGCAGCGUCCAUGAGGGCCUCGUGUAUGUCAGGCUCGUGGAAGAGCACCAGGAUGGAAGAGAAGAGCUGAGUAACGUGAUAAGAGCGGCAUUUCAUGUGUGGGCAGGUGUCGACAUCUACCAUAAAUGGUGUGGCGUGGAUCUGAAUGAACUGUCCCUGAAAUCAGAAACCACGAAAGAAGUACUGGAAGGGCUGGCAGAAACUGGGAAGAACAAGCUAACAGAGUUUAGGAAAUCUUAUCCAAGUCAAUGUCCGAGGGAAACCCCCUCGGAGUGGCACGCCAAGGCACUGGCGGCUAAUUCCAUGUACAGAAUAAGCAGCACGAUUCUGCAGAAUCAUCACAGGGACAGCACCGGUUCAGGGGAGAGGUUGUUUGCAACACUCAGCGUGCUGAUCUCCGAUAUAUUGGCAGCUUGCCUAACUAAUUUGAGGCCAGUGAUAUUCUGCAAGUGUUUGAAGAGCACAAUUGAAGAGAGGAAAGUUAGUGUGAGGGAAGCAGUGUACCUACUAGGCGAGACGGAAGAGAUAGUGAAGCUUCUUGACAAAAGUACACUGUCCGUUGUUUACUGUGACAAAAUCAGUAGCGUCGGUGACUGGCAUUCCUUACACAAAGCGAGUAAACCUCUGGCAAUCAUUGAUCAUCCAGCACUGGACGAUGCCGAUUUGUUCAAUGUGGGAGAUACAUAUUUAGCGAUCGACUGAAACUACUUGCUACUGGUAACUUUGUGCAUAUGCAGAGUAAUAUUUCGAUGUAAGAAUCUAAAUUUUGUAGCGGCUGCAAAUCAUGGACAAUUAUGUAAUAUUGCUUAUCAAAGUGUAUGAUAACAAUCAACUAUGUAAAUAUUGCCCGUCAAAGUACAUCAUACUAAUGCCUGGCACAAUCAGCAUCUCAUCACUAAAGCAAAACAGAUAAGUAAAUGGGAAAGCUGAAACAUGCCUAUGCUUAUAAGAAUUCUGACUAAAAUGUAUAUUAUACA